AGAAGUAUGGUCAGUGGUCAUGGAAGUUAAGAAAAUUUUCACUGGAAACACAGACCAAGUUGGAAAACCAAAUUGGAAGCAACAACAUUUCGGAUGUCAAUACCACAGAUCUGAUUUCUGACUUUGAUGAUGUUUAUACUGGAUUAAAAAGGGAGAUUGAGACACAUUUCAAAGAAGACAAACAUGCUGAAAUCCUUAUUAAAUGGAAAGGGAAUGUUGAAAACCGACUUGAGAGCCUGAAGAAUGAGCUCAUUGAAAAAACCCUAAAACAAUGCAAAAUAUUAAUUGAAAAUAAGAGAAGUAUGACAGAACUGGAGCAGAAAAAAUCACAUUAUGAAAAAAAUCUGAUGCAAAAAAGCAAAACCAUGGCAACUUCUCUGAAGGACAAGAGGCUCACUGAUGAAGAAGUAGAAAAAGAAUUUAGUUCACUCUGGGUUGAGUGGGUAGCUGAAAUAGCUAAUGAUCAGCUGCCUGAUGAGCCAGUGCAUAUAAAAGCUGUAGUGGAGAGUAUUCUGUACUCCUGCUUCCAAAAACAAGCAGAUAUCAUGAACAAGAUUAAAACAAUAUCUAAAAAAGGAACGUUUGAAUUUACAAAGAAAAAACAUAUCAGCCAAUCUGUCAUGGCAGCAAAAUGGGAAAGUUUUAAAGAAACAUUUGGAAUGGGGACUCUCCAGGAGUUUGCUGAAAAACUCCACCGAAAUGUGAAUCACAUGGUUGAUGAAUACAUUAGGAACAAAGAAUUGGAAAAGACAGAUUUCAAUAACAAUUUCAUAUUUGAAAUACUAGAUGAGGUUGAAAGACAUAUUCAGGAAUUUGAGCGCAAUGAAAAUGUGAAAUUCACAAAUGAAUACAGAGUUGACUUGUCAGUUCUUGUUUGCCUCGGUUCUGUCCAGAGGUUUCAAAGAAUGCACGAGUCAUUCAAGAAAGCUAACAAUCCAAUAACCUACCUGCAAAGUAAAAGGAAACAGUACUUCCAGAUGUUCAAAAACUAUUGCAAAGGAGCCAACUCAGUGACAAUAUUUGCUAAGUUUUUAUUCAAAAACAUUCUGCCUGCAGUUGAAGAGGCAAUUUACAAUCAAAUUAAGUUGCAUAUCAUUGAUUCAAUGAAAUGCAACAACCCAGCAUUCAGUGGCAACAGAUGCAACCUUGAAAAUCAUAUACUGAGGCAUCUUGCAAUGCAGAAGAAUUUUGAGUUCUACGAUGAAUACAUUCACAACCCAAAGUCGUAUUUUAAAAGGUUUAUUGGUGAACAUGUGGAAACAUUUUGCAAAGACUACAAAAAACUGCAGGAGAUGUUUCGUGGGCGUCUAGAAGAAAUAAAACUUUGCAUUUUACGUAUCUGCACAGAGGUAUCUGAGGAAGUGAACCUGAAGAACGGCAAUGCAUCCACGUGGCUCGAUCAUUUCUGUACAAAACUUGGAGACCACAUGGUCAUAAACAGGCAGAGUCUGACAAGCAUUCAGGAUGAAGACAUUAGUGAUACAAAGUUUCUGAAAGAGAUGAUAGCCAAGUAUCUUGAAGAGGUGGUUAAAAGUGAAAAUAUGGAAAAGGUUGAUGCAUCUUCCCAGCAUUUACGCCUCUUAAAGCAGAAAACAACAGAGAUUCUUUUUAAACAGCUGGAAGGAUGUUGGGCUCAGUGCCCUUUCUGCAAGGCCAUCUGCACAAAUACUAUAACUAACCAUAGUGAUGACCACAGGGUUCAGUUUCACCGGGACUGUUCUGCGGACUCUGCCCUGCCUCUCCAGGCUCCUGUCCAGUCUGAUGGUGUUAAUGAGGCGCUGUCAGUGGUCAGGGACGUCUGGCAGUGUAACCAUGAUGGCCUGACUCGAGGGGAGCAGGAGCAGUUAUGGGAGCUGCUGGUGGAAUUUAAGGACAAUUUUGCCACACGGGAAGGGGAUGCUGCGGAGGAGGCUUUGCAGGAAAUGCGACGAGCUGGGAUUAUCGAGCCCUCGGACAGUGCGCCUGUGUUUAUGGUACCCAAGAAGGGGGGCACUGGCGCUUUUGUGUAG